AUGCCCAGGUUGUUUUUGCAUAGGCAUUUACUAAGGACAGUAGCAGCUCCUAUGGUUGACAUGCUUCUUCAUGACUUGGAUGAGCAGAACAAAUUAAAUAACGGAGUAGAAGUGCAGGAAUCUCCAAAUUCUGAGUCUAUUUCGUUUAGUCCUGGAGAUAGAGCUGCAAUUUCCAAGAGUUUUCCAGGAGCUCUUUCAAAUAAGGCUCUUGCUGUUGUAGAAGCAUUGGAAGGAAAGAGGGUGGAAACAUUCAUGUCUUCAUUCAGAGCUGUGACAGAAGAGAGCGGGCUGCCUUUGAAAAAGCUAGACAAGAAACUAGAAAGGACACUUCUACAUUCAUAUCGUAAGGAAUUGACAUCUCAAGUUUCGGCUGAGACUGACCCUGUAUCACUUCUGCCGAAAGUCGUGUCUUUACUCUAUGUCCAGGUUUACCAUAAAGCUCUACAAGCCCCUGGAAGGGCCAUUUCUGUUGCUAUUUCUCAAUUGACGGAUAAGCUUGACGAGACAGCUUGCAAGAUUAUAGCUGAUUAUCAAGCUGCUGCCGUUACUCUUUUGACACUAUCAGCUACUCCGGAUGACAUGAGUAGUUUCUUUUCAUGCACUGAAGACAGUUGUGCAUCGAAUAGAAUUAGAGAGAUUCUGGAGAGCCAAAUGCCUGCUCUCAAAAGUUUGGUUUCGGGUGCCUCACAGUCAUAA